GCAUCAGUGAGCGGCGGGCAGGAGGAUGCGGGACGGCGGCGUGUAGCGGAUCUACCAGGACCAUAUGAGUGGGAUAUCUGAAUAUGGUGUUAUAGUCGGCAUUGCUGAAUUUUUUUUUUCCACCGAGUGAAUCUGGACGUGGAUCUGCAAUGGAGCGUCGAUCCAACGCGUGAAAGCUGAUGACCGUCUGUGUAUCUGUGAGCUAAUAUUACAGACAAUAAGGAAAGGGAAUUAGCCAUUAGACUAGUGGCAUGUGCCAUGAAUUGUGUUGGAGGUUAAAGGAGUCUGUGUUAUUUGGCACUGUAGCUAUUUUAUUCAUGAUAUGAUCCAGAACCAUACUGAAUUUGUCAUUAAUGAUUUUCAAAAAAUCAAUGGUUUCACAAUUCACAGGCAGACAAGAGGUCUGAUUAAAGGCAUCAUUGCCAGCCUGUUUUGAGUUAGCUGAUAUAGAUUGUCCUUUUGUUGCAUACAACAACAAAAAACAGAAGCCAGUCAUGUCAAAAAAUAAGAGCAGUGAGUCAGUGAAGGUGGUAGUUAGAUGCCGUCCUUUGAACCGGAAGGAGGAGUCCAAUGGGCCCGCGGGGUGCAUCGUGCAGAUGGACCUGCGGCUCGGACAGGUGAUCCUCCGAAACCCUCGAGCACCAGCCAGCGAGCCUCAAAAAACAUUCACCUUCGAUGCAGUUUAUGAUGCAAACUCCAAACAGGGAGACCUGUACGACGAGAGCGUGCGGCCACUGAUAGAUUCGGUGCUCGCAGGGUUCAAUGGUACCAUAUUUGCGUACGGACAAACAGGAACUGGGAAGACGUACACCAUGCAGGGGGCGUGGAUGGACCCAGAGAAACGGGGUGUGAUCCCCAACGCUUUCGACCACAUCUUCACGCACAUAUCCCGCUCGCAGUCCGAUAAGCAGUACCUGGUGCGGGCGUCCUACCUCGAGAUCUACCUGGAGGAGGUUCUGGAUCUCCUCGAUCCCAACCACGGCAACGCCAGAGCCCUGGAGCUCCGGGAGAGUCCAGAGUCCGGGGUGUAUGUGCGCGACCUCACAUCGUGUGUCUGCAAGAGCAUCAAGGAGAUCGAGGAGGUGAUGAACGUGGGCAACCAGGCGAGGGCUGUCGCGGCCACAGACAUGAACGAGCACUCGUCUCGGUCCCACGCCCUGUUCCUGAUCACAGUGGAGUGCAGCCAGCCCGGACCUGACGGGAGGAAACACAUCCGGGUCGGACGCCUCAACCUGGUGGAUCUGGCUGGCAGCGAGCGCCAGGCCAAGACAGGCGUCCAGGGAGAGCGCCUGAAAGAGGCCGCCAAGAUCAACCUGUCCUUGUCAGCCCUGGGGAACGUGAUCUCAGCAUUGGCCGACGGGCGCAGCGGCCACGUGCCGUACCGGGACUCUAAACUGACUCGGCUGUUGCAGGACUCUUUGGGCGGGAAUGCAAAGACCGUCAUGGUCGCCACCUUAGGCCCGGCCCCCCAGCACUACGACGAGACCCUCACCACCCUCCGCUACGCCAACCGGGCCAAGAACAUCCAGAACCAGCCAAGAGUCAACGAAGAUCCCAAGGAUGCUCUACUGCGCGAGUUCCAGAUGGAGAUCGCUCGCCUCAGGGCCCAGCUCAACCACAGGAAGUGGAGGACCAAACAGAAGAAGGAGCAGGUGGACGGCGAGGGCUGGGAGAGAGACGGGGAUGAAGAGACGGAAGGUGAGGAGGACGAGGAGGAAGGGGUGGAGAAGGACGCGGAGGAGUACGUGAAGCUGGAGGAGCAGCGGUUGGAGAGGGAAAAACAGGACAUCAGAGAAGAUCAAUUCAUGUUGGCUGAGGAGAAGCAGAGGCUCCUGGGAGAGAAGGAGAAGAUGAUGGGAGUUCUGAGGAAGGAGCAAGAAGCCACUGAGCAACUGACCGCCAAGUACAAGGCAAUGGAGAGCAAGCUGCUGGUUGGUGGGAAGAACAUCAUCGAUCACACUAACGAGCAGCAGAAGAUGCUGGAGGGGAAAAGGCACGAGAUUGCUGAGCAGACGCGCAGCGAGAGAGAGAUACAGCAGCAGAUGUUGGUCCGGGACGACGAGACGGUGGAGCUGAGAGAGACUUUCACUUCACUGCAACAGGAGGUGGAGGCCAAGACCAAGAAACUCAAGAAGUGCCUCAAGUUGUACGCCAAGCUCCAGUGCAUCAAAGCGGAGAUCCAGGACGUGAACGACGAGCACGUGAGGAGCCGACAGGAGCUGGAACAGACUCAGAACGAGCUCACCAGGGAGCUCAAGUUCAAGUAUCUGAUCAUAGAGAACUUCAUCCCCCCAGAGGAGAAGAAUAAGAUCAUGAACAGACUGACCUUUGAUCCAGAAGAGGAUCAGUGGAAGUUUCAGCCUCUUGUUCCUGCUGAAAGUAAAUCCUCAUCGCAGAUGAAGAAAAGGCCAGCGUCUGCAGUCGGUUACAAACGACCAAUCAGCCAGUACGCCAGGGUUGCCAUAGUGAUGGGAGCUCACUCCAGAUACAGGGCUGAGAACAUCAUGUUUCUGGAGCUCGACAUGACUCCUCCAAACUCCGCCGCACUGGAUCGCUCGACGGAGUCGGAGCCGAACCAAAGUCACUCUCUGGACAACUCGCCCACCAAGGACAGACGCGUCCGCAAGUCUCGCUCCUGGUGCCAGACCCCAAAAUCCAUCACUUCCUCCUCUUCUAAUGUCUCCCUGGCAGCAUGUCACACUGCCACACCUAUGACGGCGCAAUGAAGCUUUAGUGAAGAGGAUUUCUUUCUUUAUUAUAAUUAUUUAUUUUAUCUUCCUUCUUUUCCUCUUCCUGUUUUGGCCAGUGAGCCUCUUAAACAUUUCUACAACUGGGACACAAACACAAACCUCCACCUGUGCUGAGUCCUAAGAGGUAAUAAACUAAAGUAGGAAGUGAUCUACAAGACAGGAAACUAAAUGGCCUGAUGAAGCUCAGAAACUCUAUAAAACACAACGUCCUGCUGCUCUACGGAUGUAAAGACCCACCAGAACCCCUUCCACCUUUGCAUGAGCCUCGGAUCACCUUUUUAAAACAGCUGGCUGCAGUGCAGUACUGCCCAGACUGUGUGUGUGUGUGUGUGUGUGUGUGUGUGUGUGUGUGUGUGCGUGUGUGUGUGUACAGGGCUGUAUGAUUGCCUCUUUGUGUGUCUUAAUUGUAAUCGAUUCAGAUCUGAAAGCUCACAAACUGCUUGAAUCCCCUGUAAGAUACCAGUCUACAUAUUUCAAAGGGGAGACAGUUGGAUGAGAAAUGAUGUAACAUAUGAUGUGAGCUGUUGUUGGUCAGAUGAGGUGCUCUGAAACCUGAAUGAUGACCUUCAUCACGCCUGUUGUCUCUCAUUAUUCGUCUUUGUGUCCUUCACAGUUUCUGAUUUAAAAGCAAAGCCUCAAAAUAAUCUCAUUAAAAUGAAAUUGGUUUAAUUCAUACCAGGUCAAUGGGGGAAAAGACAAGGCCACCAGGACACAAAUGUAAGUCUUUUAGCUAUGUAUCCAAGCUUUAUUAAACAAUUUAAUAACGACACUACAGUACAAGUUUAGUGUGAAAGUUCAUCCUUGGCCGUGGAAACAGUUUCACAGAAAAAAAAACUCAAGGUCCACUUACUGGCUUUUCCUGGAGCUGGAUUAGAUCCAUCCAAUGAGGAAGACCAUAAAAUGUGGUUAGAAAAUGGGAAAAAAGCUAAUUAGUGGAGUAUUUUUUGUUUGUUUGUUAAAACAUCUAAUUAUGUACUCGUUUUCUUUGUCCCUACUCUGUCCUCUGAUUGGGGACCAGCUAAACAGUAGAGAAACAAAAACACCUUUUCUCUGAGUGAUGAUGAUGCUUAAAAACUAUCAUCCGUUUAUCUGAUAUCAGUCAACUAUACUUGUAUGAGGAUGAAGAAGACGAAGACCUUCACUCCCACAGCAGCAGCUUUAAACAUUCAGGUUGGACACGCAGCACAGCAGGUAUCGCAUAUACUGUCACAACUGCUCAGAGCUUGACUGGUUUGUUGUUUGGACAGCAGUCUUCAGUCAGGUGUGUCCAGUUCACAGUCACUGGGUUCUUUACUUGCUGGAGGUCAAGAGCAGCAGACAGUGGGGGGUCAGUCAGACUAAUUAUCACUGUAUUAUUGAUGCUACAGAUCCAGUUGCAGCUGAACCCCCCCCCUCCCCUCCUCAGAUAGAUGUGAGGGAGCACAACGCAGUCAUUUACCAGUGUAUAGAAACAACGUUUAUUACCAAUGAGUCAAUCUGUUUUGUUUUUUAACCAUUCUUUUUUAACAAAACUUGAUACAUGACGUUGGUGACACUUAAUGUGCGAAUAUGUUCCGUGACCCAAAUAUGAAGCCCUGCCAUUGAUGAUAUCUGAUAAUGUGUCAGAAAAAUGUGCUUGUGGAAAUUCACAGAAGUAUAUUGAGAUGUCCGUGCUGGAGCAUUUUAAAGGUAUAUGCGACAUUUCCUGCAGCUUGCUCGUUCCAGGGCCGAAAACAGGGAUGAAUACUAAUUAAUAAUUGAUCUAGGAAAUGAAAUGAAAAGAAAAUGUCAAUCACAAGUUCCCCGAGCACGAGGUGACAUCUUAAAAAUGCUUGUUUUGUCCAACCAACUGUCAAAAGCCUUAAAGAUUUUGAUAUAAAACAGAGAAAAGCAACAAUUCUGCCUAUUUGAGAAGAUAGAGCAAGAAGAUGUUUCACAUUUUGAAUUAAAAAAAUUGUUUCAUAAUCGUUAAGCAAAUACAGUGGUCUACUAAAACGAUCCAUUGGUAAGAUAAACAAAAUGGGAAAAACACUUUCUGUGGUACACAUUGCAGUUGCUGUUGUCAGUGAAUUUUAAAUGUGUGCUAACCUACUUCCUUCACUGUCUCAGCCGUUGCACACUGAGGAUUUUAUGUGUUUAGUCAUCGGUUUCUGGGUCCAUAAUUGACCCAGUUUGUGACUCUAAAUGUUCUGAGGCUUUAUGAAAAUGUGUCUAAUGGAGGUUAAAAUACAUGCAUACAAAGGUACCUUUAAUGAAGUGAAAGAUUCGCCACAAAUGGAAGUGAUUUACUGUGAGUUGAUAUACAUUAUCUAUGUAUGGACAAAUAUAUUGUAGAUGCCAGGGUGCUGUUGUUCAGAGGAAGAUAUCAAGAUAUUAAUAUUCAUAUAUAAUAUGUUUAUUUGCCCAGUGUGUAAUGCAGCAUCUGCCUCAAAAUAUCCACGGCUUACUAUCUAGAUUUUAGGGAAGUCAGUGAUACAAGGAUGAACAUGAUCUGCCUGAUAAUAUUUAGAGAACCUGGCUGUUUUCAUGUCUAUGUUGCCUCUACGUUUUGCUCAUUUAUAAACAUUUGGUCAUAUUAGUCAGUAAAACCAUUCAUGUACGUUUCCCGUCUAUGUGAGGGCUGUAAAAUAUUGUAUAAAUGUGUCUGUGUGACGGCUGUGGGGGCGGGGGAGGAGGGAGGAUGCCGAUGGAAGAAGGGGGGAGGGUCGGAUGGAUGCAGGGAUCCAAAGACAAUCAGGAAGUGACUGUGGAGGCGGUGGAUACUGAGCCUGUUUCCAUGGUAACCUGCCAGUGAAGGAUGUUGGGAUGGGGAAUGGGGGGGGGGGGGGGGGGGGGGGGGGGGUUGUGUAUCUAUGUGUAACAUGGUGGUCCAGUGGAGCUGAGCUCAUUUCUGGCUGACAAAAAGGAACAAAAAUUCUAAUAAAGACGUCACAGGAUCAGA